AUGGAGAGCAAGACUAUUGACUUUGAGGAAGGAUGGGAAUAUAUACAGACUGGUAUCACUAAGCGGAAUCGAUAUUUGGAAGGACUUGGGCCGGAACCUGACGUUCCGACAUAUAUGGAGCUUUACACGACUGUCUACAUCAUGUCCACCCAGAAACCUCCUCAUGAUUACUCACAGCAGCUUUAUGACAAGUAUCGUGAAGCAGUUGAGGAAUAUGCUAACUCAACAGCGUUGCCUGCGUUAACGGAUUACUUCGUUUGUCGGAAAUCACUCCCACCAGUGAAAGAAGUUGGCCUUACAAGCUUUAGUGACCUGGUUUGUAACAAUCUGCAACGCAAGGUCAAAGAAGCAGUGAUAACACUAGUUGAUAAAGAGCGAGACGGAGAGGAUAUUGAUAGGGAGCUGGUGAAAAGCGUGAUAGACGUUUACGUACAGAUUGGAAUGGGAAAGAUGGAAAGAUACGAACAAUAUUUCGAGAGGUUCUUGCUUGAAGGUGCAUCGUCUUACUUUUCUCGCAAGGCAUCAAGGUGGAUUGAAGAAGAUUCUUACAAUGAUUAUAUUCUCAAGUCUGAAGAAUGUCUAGAGAAGGAGAAGGAGAGAGUGACUCAUUACCUUCCCUCAAGCAGUGUUCCAAAGCUGGUUAAGAAAGUUGAACAUGAGUUGUUAGUGAAGUAUGCAAAUCAGCUUCUACAGCAAUCAGAGUUUCGUGAAAUGGCGCGAGGCUUGGAACAUAUUGCAAACAUAUUCAAGAAGCAUGUCACAGACGCAGAUGGUCAUGAAGAUACGGAGGAACAUGUCUUAAUCAAAAAAUUGAUGGAGCUACAUGAUAAAUACUUGGUUUAUGUCACUAAGUAUUCCCAUAACCACACCCUCUUUUACAAGACUUUGAAAGAAGAAUUUGAGAGUUUUUGUAGACAAACAGUUGAUGGAAGCUCUUCAAACGCUGAGUUACUCGCAACGUUUUGCGACAGAAUCAUCCUCAAGAAAUGGGGAAGUGGGGAGGAGGAGCUAAGUGAUGAAGCUAUUGAGAAGGGGGUCAUACUUCUUGCUUACAUAAGUGAUGACAAGUAUCUUUUUGCAGAGUUUUACAGAAAGAAGCUGGCCCUUAGGCUCUUAUUGAAUCGUAAUGCUAAUGAUCAUCAUGAUCAUGAGAGAAGUAUCUUAACAAAGCUCAAGCAAAAAUUUGGUAAGCAGAUUACUUUUAAGAUGGAGAAAAUGGUGACGGAUUUGAUUUUGUCAAGAGAAAACCAUAACGGUUUUAGUGAGUAUGUCGCCAAUAACCCUAAUGCAAAACCAGGGAUUGAUUUCACCGUCACUCUUCUCACCAAUGGUUGUUGGCCAAGUUACAAAAAGUUUGGCAUUAAUCUACCAAGUGAUAUGGUCAAGUGUGUUGAGGUUUACAAAGGGUUUUAUGAAGCGAAAACGAAAGCUAGGAAACUUACUUGGAUCCAUUCACUAGGAACUUGUCACAUCAAUGGAAAGUUUGAUCAAAAUACCAUUGAAUUGAUUUUGUCUACUCACCAAGCUGCUCUGCUUCUGCUUUUCAACACAAGAGACAUAAUGAGUUACACUGACAUCCAGACUCCACUGAACGUUACCGAUGAAGAUCUAGUGCGGUUACUUCUUUCCUUGUCAUGUGCUAAAGUAAAGAUCCCUCUCCCUCGUGUUGAUGAAAGGAAGAAAGUCGUUGAAGAUGUAGAGAAAGACAGGCGCUAUGCAAUUGAUGCUGCCAUUGUCAGGAUCAUGAAGGGAAGUAAAGUGUUGGGACAUCAACAACUUGUUUCUGAGUGUGUCGAGCAACUUAGCCGGAUGUUCAAGCCUGAUAUUAAAGCGAUCAAGAAACGUAUCGAAGAUUUAAUAAACAGAGAUUAUUUGGAGAGGGACAAGGAACAUCCCAACAUGUUUAGGUACUUGGCUUAG